AUGUUCUCCAGGAAUAAUAAAAAUUCUGCUAUGCAGAGAGUUUUGACUCUAUUGUCUGUGAAAGGAGAUGCUAAUGAUGAGGUAAGAUUACAAGACAUAGAUGCAGAAAUGUUUGUGUUGAAUCAAUGUGAAACUGUUAAAAUGAUUGAUGUGAAGAAAGUACUGAUUGGUCGUCUUCUGUGCGACAGUGAGGAAUUUGAGUGGCUGAACAGAAAAUUACCACAACACAUACCACAUCGUUACAGUGACAGUAUGUCAAAAAAACAACAGGUUUUUACAUUAAAAAUCAUGUUCAAGGAUGAGUCAAAAAAUGAGUAUUGUUUAAAUAUCAUGAGUGACUAUGAGGACCAAAUAAUAGAGUGGUACACAAAGGCAUAUGGUAAUACAGAUAUGUUAGAUAGGCAUGGGGUUGUUUUGGGUGGAGAUACGCUGACCAGGGAGAGGCUGCAAAAUGCCAAAAAUAUAAGACUGUUAGCAUUGAUACCAAGGGGUUGUUUUUUAAAUUUGGCUCCAGUGACAUGUGAACUUGAUUAUGUCAUCUUUAAUAUCUUUUACAUUAGUCGCAACAUCCCUAUUACAGUAAUGUAA